AUGGCGAUGUACUUACCGUUUGGAAAACGUUUUUUACCGACGGACGAAGAGCUGCUCAACCACUUUCUCCGGAACAAGGUGGCCAAUAAAAACUUGCCGGCGAUGAGCGAGAUGAUGAUCGAGAGGGAUAUUUACGGGAAAAACGCGACGCCGUGGGAGCUGUUCCGGGAUGAUGAUCCUUCUCUUCCGUGGCAGCAAGUAGUUGAUAGCUUGGGGAAGCUUAACGAACAAGAAUACGUUUUGUAUGUGUUCACCAAGUUGACUAGCGUUGGAAAAGUUGGGAAGAAGCACAAGAACCGGGUCGCCGGCUGCGGGUCGUGGCACCAAAACUUGCCCAAUGAGGUGACGGAUCAAGAUGGCAACAAGAUUGGUAACAAGAAGAUUUUCAAGUUCAAGCAUAGGCAAGAAGGGAUUCCGACUAAAUGGAUCAUGUAUGAGUAUUCACUUUUAGGUCACGAAGAAUACGUUCUUUGUAAGAUCAAGAGGAUCGGUGACCAUCCAUCAAAGAAUAAUAUGCAUGUUCCAUCCCUAAGUGAUGAGGCAAUUAUGUUGAAUACUGAUGAUCAGCACAUGGCGGUGGAUGUUCAAAGAUCGGGAAAGAAGUCAAAACUGUCAAAUAUUACUACCGAAAUUACCGCGACGAGGUCUCAAAUAUCCGGCACGGGCGAUCAAGGCUUGAAUAAUGGAUAUGGUGGUUUUGUUGGGAAUAACGUUGUUGGAGUACUAGACCAGAACAUACAGACUGGAGAUUCUAUGUAUCCAGGAUGCGUAGUACCUCAAUUACAUGAGAAUCUGGUCCCUCAGAACCAGCCCAACAUUGGUGCUUUGGAGGGAAUGGGUUAUGAUGAGUUUGGUCAUUACCUUACGGAGAAUUUCGAUUUUUCGACGUCGCCUGAUGGAGGAGAGGAUGAUCAAGUUCAACACCACAUUCCAAUUGGAAGCGAAUCUACAAACGUGGAAUAUUCAAGUUGCUCUGGUGCUUCGACAAGUUACAACAUUAAUGGAGAUUAUUAUGGGGAUGGUUUUCAUCAUCGUGAGAAUUCUGCUAUCGGGUCGGGUCAGGACACACAUCCCAUGGCUGUAGAUGACCAUGUUCUUCCUGGUACCAGUAACGCUGAUGCAUCUUCCCCGGUUUCAGAAUUGUUGGGUACUGAGGAUUGGUUCGAUGUUGAUGAAAUGAUGAGACUUUUGGCUUCUCCAUGA